GUUCCACAGUCAUGUCGCGCUUGGCUUGUAAUUUUUUAAUGAGAGCGACAAGCCUAGCGAAAUGUCAACCAAAGAAAUGUCACCACAAAAGAAUUUGGCGCUAUUCGCUGAAAACAUUUGCAGAUCUCGUGAAGAAUUUAUAAAACGCCGCAAUAUUUAGAAAUUUCCGGAAAAUAUUAAUAAAUUUCAUGUGCAUUUGCUAGUUAAAGUGAUAGAUUUGUGUUUGCCAUUAUCGUGACAUUUAAAAGCUAGCAGGAGUCCCUGCUCCUACAUAUUCAAGAAAAUUCCACGUUUAUAAGUAUUUUUGUGUUUGUUUCGUUGUUUUACGCGAAAUGGAGCUUCAAGAGCUAUUUUCUAAAUUCACUAUAAUUGCUAUAAAGCACAUCGGAUGUGUAAAAAAAGCCUACGCAAAAUACAAGGCGGUCAAACUAUGCCAAAAACGACGCUGGUGGGUACGACCACUGAAUAUAUCGCGCGAAGAGCUGGGGUUUUUCAAAACUUGUGCUAAACAGUUGGAAUCACAAGAUGAGGAGCAUUUUUUCAAAGCUACUCGCAUGUCGGUUGCAACAUACAAUUUACUUAUUUCAAUGUUAAGAGAAAAAUUGCAGCGAAUGUCUCGUCGACCCCCAAUUGGAGUUGAAACACGGUAUCGGUAAUGCUUUUGUAUUUAGCUCAAGGAUUUAAUGUACAAGUUCUGGCUUGGGCGUAUAAGCUUGGCAUUUCAACUGUGCGAAAAAUAAUUUAUGAAACAUGUGAUGCACUGUGGGUUGAGCUCGGUUCUAUUUACGUUUCUCCACCAAAUGUCACAGAACUGCGGAAAAUUGCUGAUGAUUUUUUCAUAAAAACUGGAAUGCCAAAUUGCGUGGGAGCAAUUGAUGGCAAGCAUAUUAAUAUGUUCCGUCCAAGAAAAAGUGGCUCACUUUAUUUUAAUUAUAAAAAACGGUUUAGCAUCACACUAUUAGCGGCUUGUGAUGCCAACUAUGUGUUCACCUAUGUUGACGUUGGAUCAUUUGGUUCUCAAAGCGAUGGCGGUAUAUUUAGUAGAACCGCCUUUGGUAAAAAAAUUUUAGACGGAACCUUGGAAGUGCCACCGGACCGACCUUUACCUCAUACUUCAAUCAACUUUCCCUAUUACUUUGUGGCUGAUAAUGCCUUUCCCCUAAAAAAAAAUUUAAUGCGACCUUUUCCUGGCCAUUUCUUAUCCCCGGAUAAAACAGCAUUUAACAAAGCUUUAUCAAAAGCUCGUGUACAUAUCGAAAAUGCAUUUGGCAUUCUAGCAAAUCGA